UUAAUGUGGGAUCAUCUUUAUCAAAACUUUAGUUGCUAUGGUAAUUUUUGUAAGGCUUGUGGUUCCGCUCCAUGAGCCAAUGUGCAAUCACGAACCCGCCCACUUCAGGAAUCAACCGAGGCGAAGGGACCAAUGGAAUGACAGAGAUUAGAAACGACUGGAUCGAAGGACCAAUCAGAAACAGAGGAGUAACACGCUACUCCACACUGACCACUGACGUCUACCGCUGCUGAAAUACUGACGGAGGAACGUUAACCAAAAUGUUUCUUCGCGUCUUAGAACUCAUAUAUUUCUUUUACUUUUUGUCCCACAUUCCAAUUACUCUCAUGGUUGAUCUUCAACCUUUACUUCCUGAACAUCUGUAUCCAUCCGAGCUGAAAACCCUGUUGCAGUGGUAUGCUGCCGAAUUCAAAGACCCGAUGAUGAUGGACCCCCCUGUGUGGUUCAGAUCUUUUGUAUUCUGCGAGGCUCUCGUGCAGCUGCCCUUUUUCCCAAUUGCGGCAUACGCCUUCAUGAAGGGUGGCUGCAAAUGGAUCAGGACUCCAGCAAUCAUUUAUUCUGUUCAUGUGGCCACCACUCUAAUCCCCAUUUUAAGCCACGUCCUUUUUUAUAACUUUCCACUGGCGCCGCAUCCAGGACCCCAAACUCUGAAAGAGCGUCUGACCCUGGUGUCCAUUUAUGCUCCGUACCUCAUCAUCCCUGUCAUGAUACUGCUUACCAUGCUCUUCAGCUCGACGUAUAACUCCGCUUCUCUGAAAGGAAACGCUUCCUCAAAGUCCAAGAAACAACGGUAGAUGCAGUUCAUCCCUUCUAAACAUUCAUCUUAUGAUGAGUGUAUAGAUGGAUGUAUUCAUUAUAGUUGUUGCUAGUAAUUACAUGUGAUUAAGUAUUUUAAUAUGUGCCAGGAUAUUUGAUAAUUGCAUGUAGCUUUUACUUUAAUUUAAAAUUGUAUUACAUUUUUUGACAUCAUGUAAUUGUUUACUGAUCAUAACAACACAUGUAAAUGCAAAAUAUAUUUUUAUUCAAAAUGUUCUUCAAAUCUGUAUAAACUUUGUCGCAUAUUGAGGUUACACACUUGAUGAUCUAAAUGGUAAAUGUAAACAAACAAUAAAUGAAUUUUGUUUUAAAUAGUUUUCCCUAACUUCUACAGAAAAUAUUUUGGUUGUGGUCCCAUGAGCAUAUGAGAAAAAAAAUGAAUGCAUUUUUCAAUCAGACACAAACAGCAGUCAAAAUACAAAUCAUACAAAAAAUAAACAAUUUAACCGA